ACAAAGGUACCUCGCAGUGUAAACAUGGAGAAAUUGCGGAAUGGUUAUUUGUUUCCUGAGAUUUCAAAGCUUGAGCUCCAACAUAUUGAGAAGUACCCAGAUGCCAAAUUGAUAAGCCUUGGAAUUGGUGAUACAACAGAACCGCUACCAGAAAUCAUAACCUCAACCAUGGCUAAUUAUGCACAUGCUCUUUCAACUGCUGAUGGUUAUUCAGGGUAUGGACCUGAGCAAGGCAACAAGGCAUUGCGGAAGGCAAUUGCAAAAGCAUUCUAUAAAGAUCUACCAGUAAAAGACAUGGAAAUUUUUGUAUCAGAUGGCGCUCAGUGUGAUAUUACUCGCCUUCAGCUGCUUCUGGGUUCAAAUGUGACGAUAGCUGUGCAAGAUCCAUCCUUUCCAGCUUACAUAGACUCAAGUGUCAUAAUAGGUCAGGCAGGUGAGAUCAAAGAUGAAUCUGGGAGGUAUAGGAGCAUUGAAUACAUGAACUGCAGCCCUCACAAUAAUUUUUUUCCGAACUUAUCAACUACUUCAAGAGCAGAUAUUAUAUUCUUUUGCUCUCCAAACAAUCCAACUGGUUAUGCAGCAACAAGGAAGCAAUUAGAGCAACUUGUAGAUUUUGCAAGGCAGAAUGGAUCAAUUAUCAUAUAUGACUCUGCCUAUUCAUCUUAUAUCAGAGAUGAUAGUCCUCGGUCAAUAUACGAAAUUCCUGGUGCCAGAGAGGUUGCCAUUGAAAUUUCAUCAUUCUCCAAAUUUGCUGGGUUCACCGGCAUCCGUCUAGGUUGGACGGUUGUCCCUGAGGAGCUCUUAUACUCCAAUGGUUUUCCUGUUAUAUAUGACUUCAAUCGUAUUGUGUGCACUUGCUUUAAUGGAGCAUCUAAUAUUGCUCAAGCUGGUGGAUUGGCAUGUCUUUCUCCAGUAGGUUUCCAGGCUGUGCAUUCUAUGGUUGACUACUACAUGGAGAAUGCAAAGAUAUUGGUCGAGACAUUUGCUUCUCUUGGUUACCAAGUAUAUGGUGGUGCAAAUGCUCCCUACAUUUGGGUGCAUUUUCCUGGCUCAAGUUCUUGGGAUGUAUUCACUGAGAUUCUUGAAAAAACACACAUCCUUACAGUUCCAGGUUCUGGAUUUGGUGCAGCUGGUGAAGGGUGCCUCAGAAUUAGUUCUUUUGGCCACAGAGAGUGUAUCCGUGAGGCCUCGCGUAGGCUCAGAACCCUAUUUCAAUAGGAACCAUGAUGGUGAUAUGCAUCAUUUUUCUUGUUUCCAUCAUAUCUUUCCACAUUUGACAUGGCUAAAUAAGAUCGC